GACCAUCUGUUGAAGGCUACUCUCAAGGAACACCCCAGACUUACAAAAGUAGCCUUAUCUUCCACCUGCCUUGCUAAAGACUUCCCCACUUCAAAAAUCAAAAUUAAACGGAUUUCUAUGACGGAGGGACAACAUUUAGGCCCUACAAUGGAGAUGCACUCGCAAAUUAUGGUGCGCUUUUUGCGCUGUCACAUCUGUUCCGAGACCUUAGUGGAUCCGGUGUCUCUCCGAUGCAAUCACAGCUUUUGCCAAAACUGUAUUACGCAGUACUGGAACCAAGGUAACUGCCGAGAUUGUGCAGUGUGCAAAAAGGAAUUCCCCAAAGAUUCUCCGGGAAUUAACAUCUCCAUGAAAGAGCUUGCUGACACCUUUGCGGGAAGACUACAAAUAGAAAAGUCCAAAACCAAAACACGAGAAGAGGUGUGCAGCUGUAAAAAUGUCGACAAGAAGCCUACAUGGUUUUGUCUGGACGAGGGAAUUACAUGGUGUGAGCAAUGUCAGCAUCCACUGGCACACGCUGGACAUAAGCUGAAGCGCGUGAAAGAGGCUGUGGAGACGGUCAGGGAGAAAUUGCAGUCCAACCUGCAGCGAAUGGAGCAGCAGCUGGAUGCCUGCAUCUACACGGACCAGGUCUACAAGAACAUAGUGCAGCACAACGCGACCCAGAGACGCACUACUGAAGCGCAGAUCAGCUGGGAGUUUGAGCUGCUCCACGAUUACCUGAAGGAGGAAGAGAAGAGGAGAGUUCUUGCACUGAGGGCAGAGGAGGAUAAGAAGAAGAAGGUGAUUGAUAGAGAGCUGGCCAUCAUCCAGGGCCAGAUGCUGGCUCUGGAGAAUGCCAUCCAGCAGGUACAAAAUGACCUGGAGCAAGAGGACCUGGCAUUUCUGAAGGACUAUAAGCGCACAACAAGCAGAGCCCAGUGCACGCUGCAGGACCCUCAGGUGAUCUCGGGAGCCAUGAUAGACGUGGCCAAACACCUGGGCAACCUCAGGUUCAAGGUCUGCAUGAAACUGCAGGACACUGUGCAAUACACUCCGGUGAUUCUGGACCCAAACACCGCAGCCGGCUGGGUGUUGUUAUCAGAUGACCUGACCAGUGUGAGAUACGUGACACCGAAGAAGACUCUUCCCGACAACCCGGAGCGCUUCAUGGAGCACGCCAUCGUGCUGGGCUCCAAGGGCUUCACCUCAGGCAGGCACAGCUGGGAGGUGGACGUAGGGGACAGGAUGAAGUGGGUCAUCGGUGUGGCCCAGGAGGGGGUGGACCGCAAGGAGGACUCGUACCUCAAGCCCGAGUACGGCCUGUGGGCCAUCUGGAAGCACGGGGACGAGUACCACGCCACCGGCAAGGUGCUGUCGGUGCAGAGUCCACUACCGAGGAUCAUCGUGGAGCUCAACUACGAGGAGCGGCGCGUGGCCUUCUACGACUCCAGAGACAAGACGCUCAUAUUCAAGUACAAGGACAGGUUCAGGCAGAAGAUGUACCCUUACUUUAAUACGCAGGUGGAUCCCAGUGAGACACCCAUACAAAUGUGCCCGAGUGAGGAGUGGGAUGAAGAGGAGGAGGACGAAGAGGAGGAGGCUGUGUUUGUCAACGACUUCCAGGCUUAA